AAGGUCACAGAUGAUACAAAAGCCAUAAGGAGCUGCUGACCCCUCGAAGGCAGGGAGGCCCUGCAGAGAGAUGUCGACAAAUCAGAGGGCUGGGCAAUCACCAACCACAUGAAGUUCAGCGAGGGAAAGUGCUGAAUUCUGCACCUGGGACAGGACAAGCCUGGAUGUAAAGACAGACUGUGGAGUGAGAUGCUGGAGAACAGUGCCAUGGAAAGUGCCAUGGAAAGGGACCUGGGGGUCCUGGUCAAUGAAGGAUGUUGCUGCAGAGAGGAGAAAACAGGCUGUUGUAGAACAAGUUAUGGUGGAUCAAUUGUGUAGAGCUGUUAUAAGUGAUCCAGAGCAAUCCACACGUUCUGAUGCUUGCAAGGAAGCUCAAGGACUUUGGGGAGCUGGGAUGGCACCAAUGCAUUUUAGAAAAAGGACACUCCAUGAAACGAAAUUAAGGACCAAAUCAGGACUAACUGAGAACAUGCUCUCCAACAAGCUACGCUUUGAUAGUAGGAUUAUAUCGAGAAAUGGUCAUGAUGCUUGUAGGGAGUUGAUUGGAUUUUUUUUUGCGUGUGACAAAUCCCUUACUGUGUAUGAAUUUCAACAGUUUGGAAAAAACAGGACCAAUGCCUUGCCUUUGAUUCAGAAGGGAGUUUAUCAACAUCAACGUGGACAAAGAAAAGAAAAGUCUUAUGAUCUUAGUGACUUCUAUGUUGGAGCCAAUCUGAUUUUCCAAAGUGCUGAUCAUAACCUUCCAGAAAGUGUUAAGCAGAACCCUUUCUUCACCCUUCGUGUGAUAAGUAUUGAUGAAGUAGCUAUGGAUUAUCUGAAAGCUUCCUCUGUGGAACUCAAGGAAGAGUGUUCCAGGCAAGUCGUUGAUGACAGCGAAGUUUUCAAGAAGAACCAAGGUACAUUCAGAGAAACAUUAAGUAAAAGAGGAGUUUGGGUUAUAACAGGCUUAGGAAAGUAUUUCUGACAAAUAGACCAGAACAGAAAUGGUUUUCUCUCUCAGGCAGCCUUGAAAGAAGCUCUAAAAGUAUUCCAUUUGGAAAUGCCUGAAGGGGACUUUGAAUCCUUAUGGCUUAUUCUUGAUGAUAGAGAAGAUAAGGUUGACUAUGGAGAAUUUACUCAUGCCAUCUUUGGAGAAAUGAAUGAAUAUAGGAAAACAUUUGUAAGAAAAGCUUAUAUGAAACUAGAUUUCAACAAAACUGGGAGCGUGCCUAUGGUAGACAUCAGAAAAUGUUACUGUGCAAAGAAACAUCCUCUGGUAUUGGCAGGCAAAACUGCAGAAGAAGAAAUGAAAUCAUCGUUUCUAGAAGCAUUAGGAGAGUCCUGCAGCAACCCAAAUGAAGUGUCCUGUUCUGAGUUUGAAGAUUACUAUGAAGGAUUAAAUUUUUGAAUUGUGGGUGAUGAUGAUUUUGUUAAUAUCUUAAAGAAUUCAUGGGGAGUUUAGAGUGGAAGAUGACAAAAAAGAAGGGACACUUUCUAAACAAGGAGUGACUAAGAGAGGAUGUAAUCUUGAUGUGCAUUACUUUAUAAUUGGUGUCUUAAACUGAUUUCAGGGACAGAAAACUUUAGAUGCUUUCAGAAUAAUACAUGGCAAAUUUCAUGGAGUGUCUGUUAUGUUAUGCUGGCCACUCUUCUAAUAAAAUUCUGUUCAUGUCUUUUCACUGGAAAUUAUUAAGGCUGUUUCCCAUAAAAAAAGCCAAUUUUUUUAAUAUCAAAAUAAUGUCUCCUAUUUUGAAAUAAGAGGGAAUUCAAAUACUAAAAUGUCUGAAGGGGUAUGUGCAAGAGAAAAUUUUGUUUUAUGAUGCAUUGUGAAAAGCUUCAGAUUUGACUGCAUAAAUGUGAAUAAUAGGUUUCCUUCAGAAAUUUACUUUUAACAGUCUUCAUCUUGCUUAUUUCUUCCUAUGCUGGUACUUAGCUUGAAAGAGAGCAGGUCAUCCUUUUCCAAUUUUGAGGAUGUCUGCUGCACUGAAAGUGCAGAGAUGUUCACAGCAUUUAGCCCCUUGCCCUGUGCACCCUCUUGACUGAUCUUGCUUCGUCAUUUUGAUCAGGCAUCCGAAGCUGAGCAUUGACUCUCAAAGGCUUUAGUAACACACGUGUAUUUUGUAAUGCAUAUCUUCCUUUCCUGUAUUUUGCUAAACGGUUUUCAAAACAAAUAAUUUAUAUUUAAAUAUGUUUUCUUUAUAUUGCUGGGACUUUUUAGCUAAAACAUAGCAAUUAUGUAUUUUGUCAAACUGACAUAUAGCAUUUCCUAUCUAUUCUGAAAGUAUAAAACAGAAAAGUAUUUUAAAAAGGCCCAAAACAACCAGCUCUGCCACCACAAAAAUUAAAUUAUAAAUUAAAAUAUUCUUUGCUAUUUCAAAUGUUCUGACAGGUACACUUUUCAAUGUAAUACAUCUUGCUAAUUCUGUAAAAUUCUUUGUGUUAAGAAAUAAAAAUACACAGUUAAUGAGAGAGAGACUUUGAUUUUCAUACACGUCACUGAAAUGAACUGUAUGUUGAACUGCAUUUCUUAAGCUUGUGCAAUUAAACUAUAUAACUUUGCUCUAA